CCAAGGUGAAUUCGGGUAAUCUUUUUACGUGAAACACGCAUGUUAUUACCUUCUCUAUAUAUGUCAGAUUGCCAAGGACAUUGUUGAUGUUUAACGCCGCGCUCAGCAGUAUUCCAGCUGUAUGACGGUGGUUGUCAAGGACGUACAUGUAUAUCAAUGAAUCGAGCUUCUGUGGGCAAAGUGAGUGAAAGACAAUCGGCAAGCACUUGGUAUCAUAGAAUAAGAGAUUAGUGGUUGGUCUACCAGGACAGCUGUUUUCUAUACAUGUGGGUUUCUAUAUAUACAGCCUGCAACCGUCCACCAAUAUGCACUCUUAAGAAAGGUAAAGUAUCAUGAACUUUACACGUUAAUGCCAAGUAUAAGAUCAAAGAUAACUGUUGACGACAGUCAUCCUGUGCAAGAACGUUUAUGUCUGGAAAACUUAACACCAAAACACAUCCUAUAGUUUGCACGUGCCUCACACGUGCGUUUGGUGUCAUUCCUUAUUUUCACAUUUCCAGGGAAGAUUGAUUAAUUAAUGUGUUAGACAUUAUUCCUGGCGGUGGAUCGGUUACAUUUUAGGUUCGCAUAACGAACCCAACUCCAUAUUGUCCUAGGAAGGGUCACUGGACAGAACUAUCGGAACAGCACAUCCAUAGAAUGUCUUUGUCAGCAAUGAGCCCAGACCUUGCCCCCAUCGAGGACGUCUGGGACAUGAUAGAGAGACAUGUGCAUCAACGUCAUAGGCCGACGACCACGUUGGCUGAACUAGGCCAGGCGCUGCAAGAGGAGUGGGACAGACUCCUUCAAAUCGACAUUGGGAGACUAAUACGCAGUAUACCUCGUCGAGAGAAUGACUGUUUGACAAAUCUUGUUGGUAUUACGCACUACCGAUCCAAAAACGUCAACUUUGAAAAGUCCAAUCUUACCCUCAUCGUCCUUCAAGAUCGUUGGCGGUCAGGCCAUUUACUGUCAUACUUCACAACCAUUUGUAAUGUGUUGAUUCGUUUAUAACAAUCAUACAACUAUUACCAGAAACUAAUAUCCUUUACAUUUUGGAACUUUUAAGUUAUUUUCGAGUAACUUUUUUGGAAGAGUAUAUUAUCAUGAUCGGCUUAUUUGUAACUGCUGAUGUUCUAGGGGACUUAAUGACAGGUUUCUCCUUGUGCCUUUCAAAUAUUACGAUUUAUCUACAAAGUGGUUCUUUUGAAACGGCAUUUUCCUUACCUUGAUUAAUUAUUGAGACUAAAUCUACGUCAAUGGUGUCAGUGUAGUCUGCUUUCAUGUUUUAAUUUCGUAGCUGCACGUUUAUGUGAACAACUUCAUGAAGAUAGGAGAUAUCCACUCAGCAAUAACUGUCGGGGUGCGGGGGAACUGGCGUGGCAAAGUGCAUAAAGAAAUAGAGCUUACAAAUAAGUAGAUAGCCCAGGCAAUGUCAUAUUUACAAUCAAAUCAUUAAAUUGUGAUUUUUUCAGAGCAAGAAGUGGACACUGAUAUUUUUCCCGUUGAGUCUAACAACAGGCGGUGUAUACAGCAACACAACCGUGACGAUCUACCCGGAGUGGCUGACACAGGGACACAGCGUUCACUAGCACAGUAAUCGGUGGAACAAGCACAACGGUCUUGAUCAAGAAUCUCUCAUUCCCAACUGUCGGAGCCUUCGAACCGACAGCGGGCGCUGGAUAAACAGAGAUCUUAACGGUGGUCUCUUUCAAGAUUGGCCAGAGGACCCAAACCAUAGUGGCUACCCUGAUCCCAACUACUUGAAGAACGGCACCAAGCAGCAGGAACUGUUCUCCCAGUACCUUGCUAACAUUAACAGUGGUUACGAGAACGACAUGAUCAUGAUGUCUACUGGUGUUUCUUACCCGAGUUGGAUAAACAAGUCCGAACAUGCAGGACAGUUCCCCAACAACGUCGAUGCCGCUGCUGAAUUCAUGAUGUUGAUGGUGCAAGGAGUUUAUGACUACACCAAAGGAGAGAUACCAUCCUACUUCGAGCCCAUAAAUGAACCAGACUCUCAGAGUGACAUCUUGAAUUUCACAACUGUUGCCAUCUUCCACAAAUUAGUAGCAGAGAAACUCCAUGCAAUGUUUAACAUCAAAGUGGCUGGCCCUACACUCGACGGAUAUACCGAGUUUGCAGACAAAGACAAUUUUUUGUACUGGAAAAAAGUGGCACAUUUCAUGGACAUCACUCUGGACUCAUUGGACGCGUUUUCGUUCCAUUCAUACAACUCACUUGUUGUGUAUGGGAAAUCGCACAACCUGACUGGUAUGAAUGAAUCACGUUUGGCAGCAUUUGUUGAUCUAGUUGAAAAUUAUUCCUAUCUGAAAACAGGGAAGAUUAUCCCACUUGUUGUCAGUGAAUAUGGUCGCGAUAUUGUGAUAGGAAUUGACAAAUUUGCUCCAUCAGGUAUAGUAGAUUUUGCAACAAUAUACCAUUCAAAUGCCCACCGAUUUACCCAACUAAGUCUCAGGGAAUACAUUGACAGAACAGUGGUGUUUCUUUUAGCCAAUGAGAAAUAUCCAGGACAUGAUAGUCUCAACUGGUCACUUUUCACUCUUAAAGGAAACGCUACACGUAUUGUCGACGUCUUUGAUUUUUGGUAAAAUUUCACAUCAGACUACUAUUUCGUCAGAACUACCAGUCAAUAUAAUGGUGAGGAACGAACAGUGUCUCCCUUAGCAAUGUCCAGUCCCCUGCAUAACGAAACGGCCAUUCUCCUCCACAGCUAUUCUCAGAAGUCACAGAAUGUUAAGUUAGUUUUUCAAGACGACUUGAUCAAACCAACUACUGGAGAAGCUACCUGCAUCACCAUCAAGGACGACUGGUACCCAGUCAUCACCUUCAACGAACCCUUCGACAGCCAGAAGACCCAAGGAAUGGUUGAACUGCCUCCUGAAGCAACAUGUCAGUUUAAAUUCAAGACCCCAUCAGAAAAAUUACCUUCAAUGACUAUCAACGAAACCACAUACUACGGAGCUGAUAUGUUUAUACAAAUCAAGGAGAACAUUACCGAGACCACAAUAUCUCUCCCAAAUGAAGAAUUCCACAUUGCAAGAUUGCGAAUUUCGAGCAGUCGGCCUGCCAAUGUAACAAACAACCUCUCAUCGGUCACCUUUAACCUCACACCUCUUCAUGCCAGCUAUAAGCUGUAUGAUUCUGACAAGUUUGGCGUCGACACUUACUGGGACGUUUGGGAGGUUGUUGUUCCUACCUAUUUGUUAGCCACAACAUAUAACCUGGUCCGAGUUUACUUCUCCAACAUCGAGGCAGAGGGAUACAUUUCUUCAGUUGCCCUUAUCACAGCCAAACUUGUGCCCUCAGACAUAAAAUAAUUAUCAUAAUUCUGAAACAGAACAUUAUUUAUGUGAAUAAAACAAGAAUAACUUAUGUUCGAAUA